AUGGGUACAUCCUUUUCAGUUUAUAUGGCAGCAUUAAUAGCUUGUCUAGGUGCAGUUAGCUUUGGAUACUCAUUGGAGUAUGCUUCGCCUUCGUUACCGGAACUGCAAGAACCUUCGGCAGGAAAGUUACAACUCAACCGAUCACAAUCUGCCUGGUUUACUUCUUUAAUUGCAAUUGGAGGACUGAUCGGCGCUCCCGUGGCUGGUUUUUUAAUCGAUUUUAUUGGUAGACAGUCUACAUUAAUCGUCAUUUCAUUGCCUUUUGUCGCUGGUUGGCUUUUAAUCAUAUACGCAGAAGCUGUUGUAUCACUACUGAUUGGACGCUUAAUAUGUGGGUUAGGUGUUGGUAUGGCAUCGCUGGUAGUCCCGAUAUACAUAGCAGAGAUUUCAACUGCUGAAAGUCGUGGUAUGCUUGGCUCGAUGAAUCAAUUAUCCGUCACUAUAGGAUUUCUUUUGGGAGCUGUACUGGCUCUUGGAAUUAACUGGAAUUAUUUAGCACUCGUUGGUAUGGUUCUUCCAAUUUUGAUGGCUUUAGGAAUAAUGUUCAUGCCUGAGACCCCACGAUACCUUCUCGCUAAAGGAAAACGCCCUAUGGCUAUAAAACAGUUAAAAUGGUUACGCGGAUCACAUGCGGAUAUUAAUACAGAACUAUACGACAUAGAAAAUAACUUAGAUAACGGACAAAAAAUGCAUUUCUCCGAAUUUAAAAAUCCAGUCCUAUUUAAACCCUUAUUAAUUUCAAUUGGUUUAAUGAUAUUUCAACAAUUCAGUGGAAUAAAUGCUGUGCUCUUCUUUUGCACAUAUAUCUUUAAAGAAGCUGGCUUUGGAGACCCCAAGCUGGUCAAUUUAAUAGCUACUUCAGUACAAGUUGGAGCUACACUAAUAAGCGUCAUGUUGGUUGAUCGUCUUGGAAGAAGAGUCUUACUUAUCACGCCCGCUGUGAUUAUGGCAAUUUCUUGUACUACAUUUGGUGUCUAUUACUAUAUUCAACCCAAGACAACAACGAAUUUAAAUUGGCUAGCAAUGCUUAGUCUUUUCGUGUACCUUGUUGCUUUCUCCAUGGGAUGGGGUGCUAUUCCUUGGUUAAUGAUGUCAGAACUCUUUCCUGCUCGCGCUCGAGGAAUAGCUAGUGGUAUAGCUACGCUCAUCAAUUGGACUGCUGCUUUUACGAUCACCUAUUCUUUUAUUUACAUGAGAAAAUCCAUGAAAGAUUAUGGCACUUUUUGGUUUUUUGCUGCGUGGAAUCUAUUAGCGGCAAUUUUUGUAUUCUUUUGUGUACCGGAAACUAAAGGGAAAACUCUUGAAGAAAUAGAACGAUUGUUCGUUGACAGGAAAAUGAAUACGGAGGAAUCCUAACCACUAGCCAUUUGUUAAAUGCCUUGAUUAAUUUCACUAUCAAUGAGCAUAAAACGUAAAAAGUUUAAAUUUUUCUAAAUUGAAUCCACUUUGAUGAAAGCUUCGUAUCUCUCCGUUAUACAGAACAGCAUAUAAUCAUCAAUUAGGAAUAAGGCGCAAUUUUAAUCGAUAAUAUCAUCAUAGUCACCACAAUUUCAAUAGUUGAUGUUGUUUACCACAAUAGUAAUUCCUCUCAGUAAUGUAAUCAAGAAUAAUAUGGACACUGUGGAAUUCAUCUACAAAUGUAUACAAAAUAAAGACAUUUUUACCACUUAAUAAUCUAAACGCCAAUCUGCUACAGACUUCAAUAAUUUUAUUCAUAGGCUGAACGAAUCUU